AGACAAAAAUACAGAAGAAAAACGAUAAGGGUUAGGGCUUCCCUUGCCAGAGCAGAGAGAGGGAAGGAGACGCUGAGAGAGAGAGAGAGAGAGAGAGAGAGAGAGAGAGAGAGGGAAGGGGACGCUGAGAGAGGGAGAACGAGACGUUGGGUCAGAGCAGGUGCAGUCAAAUAAAAUUAGUCGGUUCAAUGGAUGGAGGUUCAAAUGCGCCGGUGGAAUCAACUUUGUCUUGUGCUCGUUGUGGCAAGCCUGCUAAUCUCCAAUGCCCCAAGUGUGUAGAGUUAAGGCUACCUCGAGAAAGUGCUGCUUUCUGCACUCAGGACUGUUUCAAGGAAUCAUGGAGCUCUCAUAAAUCAGUGCACUUGAAGUUGAAAUUGUCGAGACUUGCAGCAAGUACUCCAGAUGAACAAAUUUCAGCUGCACUUAGCAACGGUUGGCUUUAUUGCUUAAAGAAAGGCCAGACUCGAACAAGCAAACUUCCUCAUUUUGAUUGGACAGGAACGUUAAGGCCAUAUCCUAUAUCAAGCCGGCGUGUGGUACCUGCAAGCGUUGAAAAACCUGAUUGGGCCAUUGAUGGAACGCCAAAGAUUGAGCCAACUAGCGACCUACAGAAUGUCGUGGAGAUUAAAACGGCAGAGCAAAUUGAGAGAAUGAGAGAAACUUGUCGGAUUGCUAGGGAGGUUCUGGAUGCAGCUGCUCGUGUAAUUCAACCUGGAGUGACAACUGAUGAAAUUGAUGAUGUUGUCCAUGAGGCCACAAUUGCAGCUGGAGGGUAUCCAUCUCCACUAAAUUAUUAUUUCUUCCCAAAGUCUUGCUGCACAUCGGUUAAUGAGGUUAUCUGCCACGGAAUUCCUGAUGCCAGGAAAUUAGAGGAUGGUGACAUUGUUAAUGUAGAUGUGACUGUCUACUAUAAAGGUGUCCAUGGUGACCUUAAUGAAACAUAUUUUGUGGGAAACGUUGACGAAGCAUCUAAACAUUUGGUCCAAUGCACAUAUGAGUGCUUGGCGAAAGCUAUAUCCAUAGUUAAACCUGGAGUUCGAUUUCGUGAAGUAGGGGAAGUUAUAAAUCGGCAUGCAUCAAUGUCAGGGCUCUCUGUGGUCAAAUCAUACUGCGGCCACGGUAUCGGAGAGCUAUUUCACUGUGCUCCAAAUAUUCCCCAUUAUGGAAGAAAUAAAGCAGUUGGUGUUAUGAAAGCAGGGCAGACCUUUACUAUUGAACCAAUGAUCAAUGCAGGUGUUUGGCGAGAUCGCUCAUGGCCUGAUGGAUGGACAGCUGUUACUGCUGAUGGCAAGCGCAGUGCUCAGUUUGAGCACACUCUUCUGGUUACGGAGACCGGGGUUGAGGUUCUGACAGCACGGCUACCCACUUCACCGAAUGUAUACCCUUGGUUAAACCCAUGACCACCACCACCAAAGCUAACAACAUAGAUUCGGUCUGCUUAUCCUUUGGCAGACCCAAAUGGGCCUUAACAUCCGUUAAUAAUGUUUUAAUAGAAUCUAGCGGUCCUACCAUUUUGAUAUUUGCUUGAUUGACCCACCAAUAUGCAUUGGUUGGCCUAUUUCUACAUCGAUGAUAUUUUAGACAUUGAUGAUCGCCGCCUUUUAGUUUCAUAGCGUAAACCUUGCUGAUUUUGCAAUUGUGUAUUGAUAAGUAAUUUCAUGAUGGACCCCUUGUACUCUUCUUCAGUCUUGUGCCUGGCUUGUUAUCUGUAAUCUUAAUCAUGGUUCGAAAUAUGUGAUUCGGUGGUGGAACCUAACAUCAUAUUUUGAUAUGAUUUAGUUUUUACUUGAA